AUGGCAAGGAUUUUAGCUACGUUGGUUGGUAGAGAAGCCACGUCAUCAUCAUCAUCAUCAUCAUCAUCAUCUGCAGUUGAUGGAACUCUUGUAAUAGUUUGCAUGGUUGUAGCUUCAGUGAUGAUCAUGUCCAUGAUAAUAUUUGCAUGUGGGCUUCGUCCAAAGAAGAAGAAGAAGCCACAAAGUGUAGCUUAUUAUGGUGCCGGUGCAGGUUCUAAUCCAAAUACGGCAGCUGAAAAAGGUGGCGGCAACCGCAGCGGUUUGGCAGCUGGUGCUGUUGCUGGACUUGCCGUCGGUGCUGCCGAUAAUACUAGUGAUUUUGGGUGCUGUGGUGGUGGCCUUGGUGGGUGCUGUGGUGGUGGAGACUGUUGCGGUGGCGGCGGCUGUGGCGGCAGUGGUUGCGGCGGCGGUUGCGGCGGUGGUUGA